AUGGGAACUUUCAUUGGUCAUGUGUACCCAGGGUUGUUCCUAGUGACCUAUGGACUCUAUCAGGCCGUGGUGGUCUCCAGAGCUGUGAUAUUCAAUGACUCCCUCCUGUAUCCAUCAUGCCCCCCCAGGAACAAGGGAAGAUGGAGCUGGCUGUGGAAAACAUCCUACAGAGGUUUGCUGAAGGUGGUGACUGGCUCCAUCUUGAUAGCUUAUGAGAUCAGCUGCGUUAAAGGAGGACUGGUGCUGAUGAACAGAGAUCUGCCACCAAGAUUUAUGUACCCCAAGCAGUGGCAGCACCUCACCAUGUUCCUCCUCCUCACCCUCAAUGGCUGUGCAGAUGUUGUAAGCAAGAACCUGCUGUCUCAGAGGUGUGUGGUCCUAGAAAAAGCGACUCAGGCCCUGGGCUUCUACGUGCUUCUGCUCCUGCUGGUGACGCACAGCCAGGGCUCUGCCGGGGUAGAGCUGCAGGUGCACGCGCUGCUCAUCCUGGUGGUGUUCCUGCUGAUGCUCGUGCUGACUGCAGGGCUGUGGGCUCCCGAGAUCUCUCUCCUCUCAUUCAUCGAGACCUUUCUGUUCCUGAUGAUGGGCUCCUGGCUGAUGCAGGCUGGCUUCAUUCUGUUUCGGCCGGUCUCCGGCUACCCAUGGCAGGACGAUGACAUCAGUGACAUCAUGUUUGUCACCACCUUCUUCUGCUGGCACGUGGUGAUCAACGCCCUGUGCCUGCUGGGCAUUUAUGGUGGCUCUUCCUUUUGGCAUCGUUGCUACAGACCCAGCUUGAAGCUGACAAGAUCCCGAGACGCCCCAUAUUCCAUGAGAGACGGAGGACCUCUCUAUAAGUUGCUGCAGCAGGUGGAGCCACCAGAGAAGGAUGAGCAGGCACCCAUCCUUUCAAAGAGCUCGCGCUGA